UUAACGUUGACAAUCAAGACGUCCGUAUCAACGUUUCAACCUUCCACCGCGAUGGCGAGUCCUUCAAGACCACGUCAGAGAAUAAAAGUUACCCCUGCUUCAACCGCUGGCAACUACGACCAAGAUGAUGAUGACCACGUACACGCUAUAUAUCAAAGUCCCAACUCCCGCAGUGCAUUUGAACGGGUUUUAGAUACUCCACAAGCAAGUGCUGCGAUGGUGGGUGUGUUGACGGCGAUAGCAUUUGCGCUUCGUUUUUACAAAAUAAAUCAACCAGACCAAGUUGUCUUUGAUGAGGUGCACUUCGGAAAGUUUGCCUCCUUUUAUAUCACUCGCGAGUAUUAUUUCGACGUGCACCCCCCUUUCGCGAAACUAUUAUUCGGACUCACUGGCUGGUUCGUCGGGUUUGACGGUCACUUCACAUUCGAGAACAUCGGGGAUAGCUAUACCGACAAUCAUGUACCAUAUGUUGGCAUGCGUGCUUUACCCGCGAUUCUUGGAAGUCUUACGGUCCCCGUGGUUUACGCGAUAAUGAAGGAAACUGGCUAUUCUACUAUCAUCGCUGCCUUUUCCGCCUGUAUCAUUCUCUUUGACAACGCUCACAUUGCGCAGUCACGGUUAAUUCUCUUGGACGCGACAUUGGUCUUCUUCAUGUCACUUACAAUCUAUUCAUAUGUUCGAUUCCGCAAACUCCGUUACUGGGAAUUCACUGUUGAAUGGUGGAGCUGGUUGAUCGCUACUGGCUUUUUCAUGGCUUGCACCUGGGGCGCGAAAGUAAACGGUAUCCUGACUGUAGCCACCAUUGGCAUCGCUGUUUUAGUUGACCUGUGGGAUAUAUUGGACCAUAAGAAGGGUUUUACAAUGGAACAUUUCUGGAAGCACUUCAUGGCAAGAGCAGUAGGCCUGAUCGUCGUCCCCUUCAUCAUCUACCUAUCAUUCUUCUACGUGCAUUUCGCCGUUCUUACGCGUUCCGGAACUGGCGACUCUUUCAUGACCCCCGCAUUCCAGGAGACUCUCAUUGGCAAUGAACUGUUGAUGAAUAGCCAAGAGCUUCGUUACUUCGACGUUGUCACUAUGAAACACAAGGAUACAAAGGUUUACUUGCACUCGCAUCCCGACCACUACCCUUUGCAGUACGACGAUGGUCGCAUCAGUAGUCAAGGACAACAGGUCACCGGUUAUGGACAUGAUGAUAUCAAUAACCACUGGCAGAUCAUCCCCACAAAAGCCCUUCCUGAGGCCGGCCGCGGUCGCGUUGUCCGCCACGAAGAUGUCAUCCAACUUUUGCACAUCAGCACCCAAACACUCUUACUUACGCACGACGUUGCUUCCCCGCUUAUGCCAACAAACCAGGAAUUCACUACAUGGCCCAAGGAUGAUCACUCACGACACAAUGAUACCUUGUUCUACUUGAACAUUAUUGACGCCGACUCUGAGGAUCCAUGGAAGAGCAAAUCGAGCUACUUCAAGCUUGUUCAUGGUCCCACCAGGGUGUCCAUGUGGACCCAUUCUAAACAGUUGCCAGAAUGGGCUUUCAAGCAACAAGAGAUCAAUGGUAACAAGAACCCCACAGAGAAGAGCGCUACUUGGUUCGUCGACCAGGUAAUCUCGACUGAGAGUCCCGAAGGUCUUUCUGGCGAACAAGUUCCGAAGGAACCUAAGAAAAUCAGCUUCUUCAGGAAGUUUGCCGAGCUGCAGUUGUUGAUGCUCCAGCACAAUGCGGGACUCACUUCAUCACACCCCUAUGCUAGCGGUCCGAUCAACUGGCCUUUCCUCAUCAGCGGGAUCAGUUUCUGGACAGAAAACGACGCUCAAAAACAGAUUUAUCUUAUUGGUAACAUCGUUGGCUGGUGGACGUGCGUCAUCGCACUGUCCAUCUAUGUUGGUAUCAUGGGUGCUGACCUACUUGCCCGUCGUCGUGGCAUUGAACCCAUUCCUGAGGCUGCCCGUGGCCGCCUAUGGAACUCCGCCGGAUUCUUCCUUCUGAUCUGGGCCAUACACUACCUUCCCUUCUUCCUUAUGAGUCGACAGCUUUUCAUCCACCACUACCUCCCAUCGCAUCUUGCUUCUGCACUCCUUGCCGGCUCUGUUCUUAGCUUCAUACUUUCGGAUACGGUCAAUUACCCGAUUAGUAUCGUUGGACGUUGGACGAAAUUGCGCAAAUCGGAGUACGCUGAUCUUGGUAUGAAAGGGCCUGUGGUGGUGGGCGUAUUCACAUUCAUCUUGUUUUUGAUGUUCGUAUACAUGGCACCAUUAACAUAUGGUACGCCUGGGCUUGAUGGAGAGGCUGUCAACGCGAAGCGCUUGUUGUCAUCGUGGACGUUACACUUCGCAGCAAAGGAGACCGCUGAAGUAUCGUGAGACAGAGCUAGGGAUGAUUGAAUGGCGUGACACGCACGACGGGAUUUUGUACAUAGUAGAUGAUAAUCCAUUUGGACAUUCGAUUGCUCUAUGGCUUGUACCGCUUGUCACUUAUGUUAGGCCAAUCAUGCGAAAUUUGCGGACUAAA